AUGGCCUCUUCGGCCCCAGUGGACUCCUUCCUCGCUCACCCUCACAGGCCUCCCUCCGCCUUUCUGAUUCCCCCCAUCGCCCUUCUCUCUUCUCAGGCAAGUGCUCCUGACAACGCCUCCCUCGCUCCCAUGCAUCAGGUCCCCUUCGACCUGCUGGUCUCCCUCGCUCAUACUCCUCCUCCCUCCGUCUCUCUGGCGAUCGCCGCACGUCCAUCGCCACACGUCUCCUCCCACGUUCUCGCGGCCCAUGCGGGCUAUCCAAUCCCAUUGGCGCAUGGUUUUUCCCGCCGUCCUCCCGCCUUCCAUCCGGCGAGCGAUCUGCAGCAGCGCUUCCGCCGCGCCUCGCACCUCUGUCGCGCAUCUCCUCUGGCGCGCGAUCUGCCGCAGCGCUUCCACCGCGCCUCGCACCUCCGUCGCGCAUCUCCUCUGGCGCGCGAUCUGCCGCAGUGCUUCCGUCGUGCCUCGCACCUCAGUCGCGCAUCUUCUCUGGCGCGCGAUUUGCCGCAGCGCUUCCGCCGCGCCUCGCACCUCCGUCGUGCAUCUCCUCUAGCGCGCGAUCUGCCACAGCGCUUCCGUCGCGCCUCGCACCUCCGUCGCGCAUCUCCUCUGGCGCGCGAUCUGCCGCAGCGCUUCCGCCGCGCCUCGCACCUCCGUCCCGCAUCUCCUCUGGCGCGCGAUCUGCCGCAGCGCUUCCGCCGCGCCUCGCACCUCCGGCGCGCAUCUCCUCUGGCGCGCGACCUGCCGCAGCGCUUCCGCCGCGCCUCGCACCUCCGUCACGCAUCUCCUCUGGCGCGCGAUCUGCCGCAGCGCUUCCGCCGCGCCUCGCACCUCCGUCGCGCAUCUCCUCUGGCCCGCGAUCUGCCGCAGCGCUUCCGUCGUGCCUCGCACCUCAGUCGCGCAUCUUCUCUGGCGCGCGAUUUGCCGCAGCGCUUCCGCCGCGCCUCGCACCUCCGUCGUGCAUCUCCUCUAGCGCGCGAUCUGCCACAGCGCUUCCGUCGCGCCUCGCACCUCCGUCGCGCAUCUCCUCUGGCGCGCGAUCUGCCGCAGCGCUUCCGCCGCGCCUCGCACCUCCGUCCCGCAUCUCCUCUGGCGCGCGAUCUGCCGCAGCGCUUCCGCCGCGCCUCGCACCUCCGGCGCGCAUCUCCUCUGGCGCGCGACCUGCCGCAGCGCUUCCGCCGCGCCUCGCACCUCCGUCACGCAUCUCCUCUGGCGCGCGAUCUGCCGCAGCGCUUCCGCCGCGCCUCGCACCUCCGUCGCGCAUCUCCUCUGGCCCGCGAUCUGCCGCAGCGCUUCCGCCGCGUCUCGCACCUCCGUCGCGCAUCUUCUCUGGCUCGCUUCACCUCCGCGCUCUUCGCGUUCCUCUCUGCCAUCGCUUCGCGUAUAUUCAUCUUCUUCUCUCCCUCCGUCCCGCGCACCCGGGACAUCUUCUGUUGUCUCCUCGCCGCCAGCCUCAGUUGCGGACCCCAGCGAGUCCAGAUCGUCGGCAUCCUUGUGAUGCCCUGCUCCCGCGCCCCGCUGGCCUCUUGCCAGAUCCCAGGGAUCGCUGCUUAA